UCCAGUGUGUUUCUUCAGAACGCUGUACCUCGUGACAGCUUCAGCGCAGCUCUCACUAAAAACAUUGUGGCCAUGUUGGUAUGGUUGGCUCUCAGUGUACUUAAUUACAGUAUGGUGUCCACUUUCCGUAAACACAGCUUUUUCUAUGAAGAUCCACGUUAUAUCAUGUUCAUCUCUAUGGUCAUCAAUGAUGCUGUACAACUGACACUGGUCACUGCUUUGUAUGUGGUAAGUUAUGCCUUCUCCAAAAUCUUGGCAUCUGCCUGUUGCCCUUUGAUCAUGACAGCUGUGACGACCACCCGCUCGACGCCCCUCAUACUGGCUGGCAUGGCCCUGGAGCGCUACAUCUCCAUCUGUUUCCCCCUGCAUUACAUUCAGAUCUGUACGGUCAGACGGACUGUGUGGAUCAUCGGCAUAAUUUUCAUCCUGAGCUUUACACCUCCUCUAACCGAUCUCUUCAUCACUGUGGCCAAAGAGUCCCCCUCCUUUUUUCACUCCUCAAUUUUCUGCGAUCACUCGCUGCUAUUCAGUGACCCCUCCAUCUAUUACAAGAACUGUGUCUUUGACUGUGUUUAUUUCUCUUUUGUCUUCCUGACUUUAUUUUAUACAUACUGUAAGAUCAUGCUGACAGCCCGUGCAGCAUCCACUGACCUGGUGUCUGCCAAAAAAGCCCGAAACACGGUACUGUUGCAUGGUGUGCAGUUGCUUUUGUGCCUGUUGGCAUUUGUAGUACCCUCCAUGCAGGCUCAACUCAUACUACUGUUUCCUAUGUACAGUCUGGAGAUCCGUUAUGUUAAUUUUCUUCUGGUUUAUAUCAUUCCAAGAUUUCUCAGUCCAAUGAUUUAUGGAUUUCGCGAUGAGAAAUUUCACAAAUACUGGCUGAGAUAUUUUAUUUCUUAUAUGCAGAGAGUUAAACCCAGAUAA